AUGGGACCCCCAGGCAAUAUGGGAUCAUGGGGCCCCUGUGUCCUAGCCCACACUCAAACCACACCCAAAAAAGCCUAUGAAAGGUACCAGGGGCAUCUUAUGGGCCCCCUACUGACCCCGGGACCUCGGGCAGUGCCCGAGUUUCCAAAUGGUCAGUCCGCCCCUGAGCAAGACUUAUCCCUGCCCCCACUUCUUCCUCACUGCAUUUGAUUGAUAGCAGCAGGAGCCAUUGACUGCUUGAGUGCUGUGUGAAGAGGAAGAGAGGGUAGAAUAGGUGCAGCUGUGU